GCGGCGGCGGCGGCGCGCGGCCUGGGCUCGCGCUGGGCUCCGCGCGCCCCCCGCCCCCCUCUAUGAGGCAGAGGCCGCGGCGGCCGUUAGCGCUGUCGCUCCGGGGGCCGCGGCGGGCGGGGCUCCGGCGGGGCCCGGCCUAGUCCCCACCCCAGCCCGGCUCCCAGCCGCCCGCCCUCCCUCCCUCUCCCCGAUGCAGGGGGCCGAGCUCCGGGACGGCGAGGCGGCGGCGGCCGCCGCUUCGUACCGCGUCCUGAGCCGCCUGCUAGGCUAUGGAGAGGCGGUCCCCGAGCCAGGCCCGCCGCCGCCGCCCCCGGGCCAUGGUCCCCCGCCGCCACCCUUCCUUGCGCGGCCCGGCCCGCGGGGCUCCCGGCCGCCGCAGCUGAUGGUGUUCCGCAACGUGGGUCGGCCGCCGGAGGAGGAAGACGCGGAGGCGGCCCCGGAGCCGGGACCCUCGGAACUGCUGUGUCCCCGGCACCGCUGUGCCCUGGACCCCAAGGCCCUGCCGCCGGGGUUGGCACUCGAGCGGACCUGGGGCCCGGCGGCUGGACUGGAGGCGCAGUUGGCGGCUCUGGGGCUCGGGCAGCCGGCGGGGCCGGGGGUCAAGACGGUCGGUGGGGGUUGCUGCCCGUGCCCGUGCCCAUGCCCCCCGCAGCCGCCCCCUCCGCAGCCCCAGCCGCCUGCUGUCGCCCCGCAGGCCGGGGAGGACCCCACGGAAACGAGCGACGCGCUGUUGGUCCUGGAGGGCUUGGAGUCGGAGGCCGAGAGCCUGGAGACGAACAGCUGCUCGGAAGAGGAGCUCAGCAGCCCGGGCCGCGGAGGAGGAGGGGGCAGCCGGGUUCUGCUGCAGCCCCCGGGUCCCGAAUUACCCCCGGCGCCCUUCCCGAUGCAGGACUUGGUCCCCCCAGGGCGCUUGGGUAGAGGGGAGCCGCAGCAACCGCCCCCGCCCCCGCCUCCUCCCGGACCCCUCCGGCCACUGGCGGGCCCUUCUCGGAAGGGCUCCCUCAAAAUCCGCCUCAGUCGCCUCUUUCGCACGAAGAGCUGUAACGGCGGCUCCGGCGGCGGGGAUGGAGCCGGCAAGAGGCCUUCUGGAGAGCUGGCUGCUUCUGCUGCGAGCCUGACAGACAUGCGAGGCUCUGCGGGCCGGGAGCUGGACGCGGGGAGGAAACCCAGGUUGACAAGAACUCAAAGUGCCUUUUCUCCAGUCUCCUUCAGCCCCCUGUUCACAGGUGAAACUGUGUCGCUUGUGGACGUGGACAUCUCUCAGCGGGGCCUGACCUCUCCACACCCUCCAACUCCCCCUCCUCCUCCGAGAAGAAGCCUCAGCCUCCUAGAUGAUAUCAGUGGGACGCUGCCUACAUCUGUCCUUGUGGCUCCGAUGGGGUCUUCCCUGCAGUCUUUCCCCCUACCUCCGCCUCCUCCACCCCAUGCCCCAGAUGCGUUUCCCCGGAUGGCUCCCAUCCGAGCCGCUGAAUCCCUGCACAGCCAGCCCCCCCAGCAUCUCCAGUGUCCCCUCUACCGGCCCGACUCAAGCAGCUUUGCCGCCAGCCUUCGAGAGUUGGAGAAGUGUGGUUGGUACUGGGGACCAAUGAACUGGGAAGAUGCAGAGAUGAAGCUGAAAGGGAAGCCAGACGGCUCUUUCCUGGUACGAGACAGCUCUGACCCUCGCUACAUCCUGAGCCUCAGUUUCCGGUCACAGGGUAUCACCCACCACACAAGAAUGGAGCACUACAGAGGAACUUUCAGUCUGUGGUGUCACCCCAAGUUUGAGGAUCGUUGUCAGUCGGUGGUGGAGUUCAUCAAGAGAGCCAUCAUGCACUCCAAGAAUGGGAAGUUCCUCUAUUUCUUGAGAUCCAGGGUUCCAGGACUACCACCAACUCCAGUCCAGCUGCUCUACCCUGUGUCUAGAUUCAGCAAUGUCAAAUCCCUCCAGCACCUUUGCAGAUUCCGAAUCCGACAGCUCGUCCGGAUAGAUCACAUCCCGGAUCUCCCACUGCCUAAACCUCUGAUCUCUUAUAUCCGAAAGUUCUACUACUAUGAUCCUCAGGAAGAGGUGUACCUGUCUCUAAAGGAAGCGCAGCUCAUUUCCAAACAGAAGCAAGAGGUCGAACCCUCCACGUAGCGAGGGGCCCCCUGCUGAUCGCCACCAAGGGCAUUUGGUUGCCAAGCUCCAGUUUUGAAGAACCAAAUGAAGCUACUGUGGAAGGGGAAGUGAGGAGAAACGAGGGAGUUGGAAGGGCUGAGAUCCUCCAUGCGAAGACUUUGGUCCCCCUCGCAGCCCUGGGGCUUGGAAGAAGCACACGACCACACUCUGUGCGCGGGGCUCCACCUCGUCACGCCCAGCCCCUGCGCUACCCUGGAGCUGGACGAGCUCCUUGGAAAACUGGAAGAAGUCUCAACACUGUUCCUUUUUUAGACGUUUUGUUUUGGAUAUUUGCAUUUCUCGGUAUGGAAAACUUCCUUUAAAGGCAGCUGGGGUCUGUGCCCAUUGGACUGGAAGUGGUGCCAAGGGUGAGCCAGGUUCAAGGGAGGGGAGGGGAGGGAGGGGAUUGCCAGUGACGGUCAUUCAGCUGGUGCCAAAGGCCGAGUGUGAGUGUUCACCGUUGACCUUGAAGAAGGGAAGAGAAGGAGUCAGAAGUGCAAAUCGAGUUGGGAGUUUCUGAGGGAUGAGGAUCCUCUUCUGUUUGAGCAUGGGUAGCUUCAGUGGGAGCAGGGAAGAAGCGAGGGUGGGUAGUCUCGAAUAGAAGAUAGCUGAACAAGAACUGGCAGAGGGCCUCUGGCGGGGAAAGCAGGGACGCCUCACAUCCUUUUUCUUUAAAGUUUAGGAACCUGGUUUCAGAAUCACCUCUCAUAGAAGCUGUGUUAGUUUUGUCAUACUGAAUUCCUCAGUUUUGUGACCUCAAGUCAGUCCCGUUCUUCCUCCACCCUCCUCCGCUCCCCUUGAAAUAACUGUACAUUUCACUCUGUUCAUGGUAGCAUCAUUCCUGUUGCUUCUGCCAGCUGCCAAGGCAAUCGAGCAAUCGACUUUCUCAUCACCUGAGAGGUUGAAAGCCCUAAUCACGAGCUGCUAAAGUUAAUGGAGCACGCUUCCAGAUUCUUAAUG